CGAGGAGACCGGGGGAAAGAAGAGUCACAGUGGAUGCGCAUGCGCAGAAGCGUUUUCGACCUUGAAGCGAGGAGACCGGAAGUCGGGCGCUCAUCGGCCGCCGGAAACAGGAAGGAAAAAUCCAGAAAGGACGUCGCGGUGGUGACAGGAGAAGAAGGCCGCAGCGAUUAAUAAAUUGAUUGAUUGAUUAAUUGAUUAAUCAUGCCGAGGGGAAGCAGGAGCCGGACCUCCCGGAUGGCGCCCCCGGCCAGCCGCGCUGCGCCCCCCAUGCGCCCGGCCCCUCCGCCGGCCGCCCGCUCUUCCGUCCCCGCGGCCGCCCCCCCUUCGGCCGUGGCCUCUCCGGCCCCCCGGCAGCCGGGCCUCAUGGCCCAGAUGGCCACCACCGCAGCCGGCGUGGCGGUGGGCUCGGCCGUGGGGCACACUUUGGGCCACGCCAUGACCGGGGGCUUCGGGGGAGGAGGAGGCAGCGCCGAAGCCGCCCGGCCUGACAUCACCUACCAGGAGCCCCAGCCGGCGGCCCCGUCGUCCCAGUUCAGCCCUUGCCAGUACGAGAUGAAGCAGUUCCUGGAGUGCGCCCAGAACCAGGCCGACCUCAAGCUCUGCGAGGGGUUCAGCGAGGUCCUCAAGCAGUGCCGCUUCGCCAAUGGUUUAGCUUAACGAACUUCCACUCGUUGCUGAUGUUCCGGUUCUGUGAACGAAAAGACACGUCCUUAGUCUAAUCUUUAAUAUCUAAACGCCAUCUUGCGUUUCCGUUUUCCCAUCUCGAAGGAGGGAUGUUUUCCACGGCAGGAAAGAUGACGACGGGAAUUCGCACUCGGCGCAGUCCAUAGUUGCAAAAAGCUUUGAAUUAAAACUUCAGUGGCUCUCCAGAAA